CGCAAGGAGAACCUUUUUAACCUCAAGAACCCAAACAUGUUUUUUCAUUGUAUAGUGGAAGAUCCUUGCUUUUGUCAAUCUUCUUCCCGCUUCAUGCUUUGGAUCAAGUUGCCAGCACGUUCGGAUAGCCUCAUAAUGCAAUGGAUUUGCUGCAAGUUUUUGUGCAACAACUGACGGGCGACGUCAAGGUUUAUGAGGUGCCGGCAGCGAUGACCUUUGGUGAGUUCAAGCAUCAGCUCCAAGGAUCUCAGGACUGUGACGUGGAAGCUGUGCGAAGGGUGACCAUUGUGGAACUCAUUUUGGAGGGUCAGACGCUUUCUGACGACAAGAGGACUUUUGCCGAAGAGGGAAUCAUUUCAGGUUGGGCCACAAUUGCCUUAAAUGUGAGCCAAAAUCUGGCUGGAGUUGUUCUUGAUACCUUGACAGUCCCAUGCACAAUUACGGAAUGAAUUAGAAAUAUCCACGGGAAUCUCCACCAGAGCUGGUAGGCGGAAGUUUCAAAAGACAAUUUCUGUUCUAGAUGAAUUUAGACUUCAACCAUCUCCAGAUCUUUGGGCAGACUGCAGCCGCCAGGCAUACCAAAAGUAAGUCCAGGCAAUCAAAAUCGAUGCUUUCGGAUUCGGAUGCACUUCCCAUAUGUUUUUGCUUGACAAGAAGCUACUAGUAGCUCGGCAUUACUACUAGGAGCAAGAAGCUACUAGUAACAAAGGGCAUCGCUACUAGCUAGAAGCUACUAGUAAGCAUGUCUCAUUUCUCCGAUUCCAUUCCUUCGUAGAUUUUCCCCAAUCACUCCCAGACACCUUCGUGGAGCAAGUGGCCGUGAUACCGAUAAAUACCCCGCAGACGUUCCGAAAGCGUCGCUUUACGGACCACAUUUUCCCCCUGACUGCUUUGCCAAUUUCCUUUGUCCACGAUCACGCGCAUGCUGACUGCAACUGUUUCAACUUGGAACUUUAUCUUCCUAAUUCCUUUGAUAGCUAUAGGCUAUGCGGCUAUGUUCUAGCAAAGUUUAGUUGUUAAAGUUAUAGUCGUAGACUCAACAUUUCUUUUCCAUGGGACCGUGCUUUUCUUUGGUGUUGCACUUUUAUCAACCUCGGUCGCCAGCGAUGAAUCGUCAGGUACGACGGUUCAACUCUUGUUCAGCAUCGAUUGGGUGGAGUGUGAGACUCAACAGGAGGCUGCAUCGAAGAAAGUGUUGCCUGAAAAGCUGAAGGCUGUGACGCUACCAGGCACAGCCAGACAAAUCACAGAGAAAGCCUUCAAAUCGUGCGGCUCGCUUGUGAUGGUGUCCAUUCCCGACGGGAUCACUGAUGUUGGAGCAGAAGCCUUUCGGGAUUGUCGAUCUCUCGCCAGUGUCACUCUCCCUCUCUCUGUGAGUCGAAUUGGACACCAUAGCUUUGCUGGUUGUAUCUCCUUGGAAAGGAUCUCUAUGGGGUCUGUGAGUUUCAUCGAUGAAAGCGCUUUUGAGAACUGUAGCUCAUUAAAGGAUAUCUUGAUUCCCACAAAUGUGAGCUGCAUUUCCUACAACAGCUUCUCAGGGUGCAGCUCCUUCGCGGAGCUGAAGAUUCCAGACUCAGUGACGGAGAUUGGACCCUUCGCCUUUUCUCAGUGCAGCACAUUGGUCACGUUGAGCAUUCCUCAUUCAGUGCGACAACUGGGGGAUUUCGCUUUCAUGGGCUGCAGAUCAUUGAAGCAUGUGGUGCUUCCCAAUGGAGCAACACAGAUUGGGAGAAGCAGCUUUAGAGGCUGUACUUCACUGGAAAGUGUGACCUUUCCUGAUUGCAUGACUCAUAUUGGUGAAUAUGCCUUCGCUGGCUGCAGCUCCUUGAAAUGUGUGAAGCUGCCGACUGCGCUGAAGGACCUUGGGGUCGCAUGUUUUUCCAAUUCAUCCUUGGAAAGCCUGGAUGUCCCGGUGGGCGUUGCACGCAUUGGCGACUACGCCUUCGCCAGCUGCGACUCCUUGGCGACGAUCGGGCUCGGGUCGGCGCUGACGGAGAUCGGAGCGGCAGCCUUUGCCAAGUGCACGUCUUUGCGCAGCGUGGAGCUCCCGCGCUCUGUGCAGUACAUCGGGCCCUACGCCUUCUCCGGCUGUCGCGAGCUGCGGCGCUGCGACGUUGAUGGCGUCGAGGACGUCGGUGGCAAUGCCUUCGCGGGCUGCUGUCAACUGAAGUCAGACGAAUCGGGAGACGGCUGAAGUCCUGAGACAACUUCCACGAGUUGGAGGCACUAUGUGGUCUGAUGUCUUCAGAAGUCCACACAUAUCAAGAUCCUAGGUCACUGGCCCACAGCCGAGAGGAGCAAGGCGUUUUGGUGAUCUCGCAAGACUGAACAACCACAACCAGUGAAAGCUGCCAAGAGAAGAAAAUGAGUUGAACACUUUCUUUGAGCAGCAAAUGGGUGCUCCAGUGCCAGAGUUUGACCUUGAAUCGAGUUUGGCCUUUGCCGUUGUCAGUUUGGAACGCCGAACAACGAGACUCACCGGAUUGGACAGAAGACCAAGUUGCAAAAGGAUGCGAAGGCUUUUGCUCGCCGAAGCCACCUGAGAGCUUGGAUGUUUUGAUCCUUACGAGCUUCUCUAAGACUCUAACGAUUGUUUGAAGCCUGACGACUAGGAUAUUCAAUGAUUGAGCUGAAAUCUAGCAAAGAUUGCUGUGUCAGAAGAGACAUCUUCCAGACCAAGAUUUCAUGUGAACCUCAAAUCCAAUGCGC